CCUCCUUCCCUUCCCUCCCACCCAUCCCAAAAAACCCCAAAAAAUCCCCAAAAAAACCCCCAAAAAUCCCGGCGAGCGCGGCGCUCCCAUGGUGCGGGAAGGCGGCAUGGCCCGGACCCCUUACAGCUCCACGCAGGACAUCCAGAUGGACGUCUUGGACAACGCCGCCCUCCAGGGCAAGUACAGCCGGCGCAAGAGCCGCUUCAAGCGCUCGGACGGCAGCACCUCCUCGGACACCACCUCCAACAGCUUCGUGCGGCAGGGCUCGGCUGAGUCCUACACCAGCCGCCCCUCGGACUCGGAUGUGUCGCUGGAGGAGGACAGGGAGGCGCUGCGCAGGGAGGCCGAGCGCCAGGCCAUGGCCCAGCUGGAGAAAGCCAAGACCAAGCCGGUGGCAUUCGCCGUGCGCACCAACGUGGGCUACAACCCCUCGGCCGGGGACGACGUGCCCGUGCAGGGCAUGGCCAUCUGCUUCGAGCCCAAGGACUUCCUGCACAUCAAGGAGAAAUACAACAAUGACUGGUGGAUCGGGCGGCUGGUGAAGGAGGGCUGCGAGGUUGGCUUCAUCCCCAGCCCCGUCAAGCUGGAGAACAUGAGGCUGCUGCAGGAGCAGAAGAUGAGGCAGAGCCGCCUGAGCUCCAGCAAAUCGGGUGACAACUCCAGCUCCAGCCUGGGCGAUGUGGUGACAGGGACACGCCGCCCCACGCCCCCCGCCAGCGGUGGCCUGGACAUGGCCAGCUUUGCCUUUGAGGCCGAUGAGUUAGAGGAGGAGGAGGAGGAGGCCCUGGAGGCGCAGCGCUCCCCUAAGAGUAGCGUGAGCAGUGUCACCACCCCCCCCGCCCACAGCAAGCGCAUCCCCUUCUUUAGGAAGACCGAGCACGUGCCCCCGUACGACGUGGUGCCCUCCAUGCGCCCCAUCAUCCUCGUGGGGCCCUCCCUGAAGGGCUACGAGGUGACGGACAUGAUGCAGAAGGCGCUGUUCGACUUCCUGAAGCAUCGCUUCGAUGGACGGAUCUCCAUCACGCGGGUCACAGCCGACAUCUCCCUGGCCAAGCGCUCCGUGCUCAACAACCCCAGCAAGCACACCAUCAUCGAGCGCUCCAGCACCCGCUCCAGCCUGGCCGAGGUGCAGAGUGAGACCGAGCGCAUUUUCGAGCUGGCGCGGACGCUGCAGUUGGUGGCCCUGGACGCCGACACCAUCAACCACCCGGCGCAGCUGGCCAAGACCUCGCUGGCCCCCAUCAUCGUCUACAUCAAAAUCACCUCCCCCAAGGUGCUGCAGAGGCUGGUCAAGUCCAGGGGCAAGUCCCAGGCCAAGCACCUCAACGUGCAGAUGGUGGCCUCGGACAAGCUGGCACAGUGCCCGCCUGAGAUGUUCGACAUCGUUCUGGACGAGAACCAGCUGGAGGAGGCGUGCGAGCACCUGGCCGAGUACCUGGAGGCCUACUGGAAGGCCACGCACCCGCCCAGCAGCAACCCCCCGAACCCGCUGCUGAGCCGCACCAUGGCCACGGCCGCGCUGGCCGCCAGCCCCGCGCCCGUCUCCAACCUCCAGGCUCCGCACCCGGAGGGGGAGCACGGCCGCCCCCGGCAGGAGUCGGGGGGCCGCGGGCAGGGCAGGGUCCCCCCGCCGCCCUCCCGGCCGGGCCCCCGCAGCCUGGCCCGCCAGGACACCUUCGACACGGAGGCUGCGGGCAGCCGGGACUCGGAGCCCGGCGAUUCGUGCUGCAUGGACAUCGAGAUGGAUCCCGUCGAGGAGGAGCCGCCGGGCACCCCCGGGGCCGGCCCGCAGCCCCCGCCCGGCUCCUGGGACCGAGCCAAGGGCCAGGAGCCGCUGGGCCAGAGCGACGGAGAGGGCUGGGGCCGGGACGUUUACAUGCGUUAGGAUGAGGGGGUGCGGGCAGCGCUGGUUUUGGGGUGCGGGCCCUUUGUGCCCCCCCUUUGUGCCCGGCCAGCAGUGCCCUGGGGGUCUCCCCCUGCCGCAGCCCCCCAGCAUCUCCUGCAGGGACAGCAAGUGACCAAAGGGGACCCCGCGUGUCCCCGUGCCCCCGGCGCGGGGUGGGGGCCGUGCCCCCCUCCCCAGCCCUGCCCCCCGCUUCUCCAUGGUGCUCUCGGCUGCGGGGUGCCCGGAGCUGGCCGUGCCCCUGGGGGGGUCCCCGCCAGCUGCCCCCCAGCCUGGCGGUGCCUGGCACUGCCCCCCAGCCCCCUGCCCUGCCAAGGGGUGCAUGCGUGUGUGUGCAGGGCUCUGGGGGGUCCCCGCUGCGCCCCCCGAGGUGUGGGGAUAGGGGGGGGUCUGCAUGUGUUUGCCUUGGAGGGGCUCUGCCUGAAUCGGGGGGUGGGGGGUGAAUCUGAGCCAGUUUUGGGGGUCUAACCUGUGCUAACAGCUCUGCCCAGCCCUGGCCUGCCGGGGGGGUCCCGCUGUCCUGGCACUGCCAGGCCCCGACCCCCCCCCCAUUCCCCAGCCCCCCCUCCCUUCCCGUUCCAACCCCCCCCACCCCACCCACCCCGCCGUGCCUGUCCACGCUCGCCCUGUCCAGCCGUGUCCGUCUGUCCGUCUGUCCGUGAGCCUCUGUCCGUCCCCGCACCCCGGGGCACUGCCUUGUCCUGUGCCCGCCCCGGGGCAUCCCCUGUGCCCCCCCCCCCUCAGCUCUGCGGGGUGACCACACCAGGGUGGCCCUGGGGACACCCCCACGUCCGGCCCUCACCGCGGGACGGGGCUUGUCCCACUUUGGGGGCAGCCCCUUGCCCCCCACCCCCAUUUUUGGGGGUCCCCGGGGUCACUGCCUUACCCAGACCACCAGCCCGGGUCGGGGGGCUUGGGGGCACCCAGCUCUGCCGCUGCCAAGCCGCCACCCACGUGUGCCUCAGUUUCCCCCUUAUUUUCGAGGGGGGGGACUCGGUGUCACUGCCUGCCAAGUGCUUUGAGCCCCCCCUGCCCCAGCGGCCAAAAAUCCGGGCGGCGGGGCAGAGGGACGUCCCGUAAUUUAUGUCACUCCACCAACUUUUAAUUUAAAAGUCCCGACAAAAAAAAAUGUAUUUUAUUUAUUUAUUCUCGUUGAUUUGUGUGUGCGUGUGUGUGUGUGUGUGUGGGUCGGGGGGACUCGCCCCGCUCGCUUGGUUCUUUGUAAUAAACAUUUCGGUGAGACCUGUC